AUGGGCGAGCCUCUAGGACUGCUCCAGGUGACUGUUAUUCAAGGAAAGAAACUUGUAAUCCGAGACUUCAAGUCAAGUGAUCCUUACGUGAUAGUCAAAUUGGGAAAUGAGUCAGCCAAGACCAAAGUGAUCAACAAUUGUCUGAAUCCUGUGUGGGAUGAGGAACUGAGCUUUACACUCAAAGAUCCUGCAGCUGUUCUUGCAUUGGAAGUUUUUGAUAAAGAUAGGUUCAAGGCAGAUGACAAAAUGGGUCAUGCCUCUCUCAGCCUUCAACCGCUAAUCUCAGUUGCUAGACUAAGGCAUGUAGUGCGUGUGUCUUCUGGCGAGACAACGCUUAGGAAAGUGUUACCGGAUCCAGAUAACUGCGUAUCUCGUGAAAGCACCAUCAGUUGCAUAGACGGAGAGGUGGUGCAGAGCGUGUGGCUGAGGCUUUGCGCUGUUGAAUCGGGUGAGAUUGAGUUGAAGAUCAAGUUGAUUGAACAAAGGAGUAGCAUUUAG